AUGUCAAUGGCGGCACGCGUGGACGGUAUUUCACGGAGUCGUUGGCGGGACGAUUCGUCGUCGAUCCAGGACCCUUCGUUGGCGUUGGUCGGCAAUGCCACAAUAGCGCUGCUGGCAACCAACCCUCAAAGAGACUCACAAGCUUUGGAAGAAAGUGAAAUGCGCCAUCGUGAAACCGUUCCAGCCCGAGCAGUUUCGCUCCGGGAAGGUUUCGCUCACCCACGACACGGCAGUGCCGUGUUCGCCGAAGACAUAGGACCGUCUGGACGUCAGGGGGAUGAUGCCGGCGCGGUGACAUCUGACGGCUUCGCAAGACAGAGUCAUAACAGUCGCGGGCGGAACAUCCACAACGAUCACUUUUCCCGCUCCGCGAUUCUCUUCGAAGGCAACGGACAAUCGCAUCAACCGAGACUCGACCACGCAUCAGACACAACGAAGCGUUCUUUCCUGUUAGCAAGUCCAAAACGGAAACCAACUGGAAGCGAACUGAACAAAGAAUCCUUUCUUUCUUCUCAUCGUCGUGACCAUCUUGGGACUUUGAACCCGCGAGAAGAAGAAAGCUGCGUCACUCAUAGGCCCACAUUACUUCCGAGAACCGUUUCUACCAGUCGUGACAUCCACGAUUCCUCACGUUUCGCCAUUUCUGGGACUGCUUUCUCACGCGAAGCGAGCGCAUUUGCAUUGGGGGCCUCGCAACCAUUGUACAAAGAAAUCAACAAUUGUACCAAUAUCGACCUGCAAAGCUCCACCAUCGUGUCUUCAUCCACGAAGCAACUCGAACAGGCAAGGGACGGGAACUGCCACUCGACAGAGCAAUCACUGUCGAGUCCAAUCAUGGGGUAUAGCAGCAAUCACAAUAUUCGCGGACCUACACCAUCUUGGAGACCGGUGCACAAUCAUCGGUCUUCAAUACCAUCAGACGAAACCGACGCAGAUAAAAUGGAAUCUUCCACCGCACACUCAACCGUUUCAACGUCCGCUUCGGCCGAGCGAAAGAGCAACACCAACCCGAACGAUGAUGAUAACACGACUAUUCGAUCGCCCGACUCCUCGGCUAGCAAUAGUCCUGCGAUGACCCCAUUGCAGAGUCAAACCGUCCCUCCUUCGAUGAUGGGUCUGAAUUCUUCGGCGAUUGGCACCCCUUCUACGGUUUCAACCGCGCAGUCUUGGGACGCAGAAGCUUCCAGUGGCCUUUAUUCCGAAACAUUGCAGCGCAUGCCGGAAGGUUACGACAAUUCGCUGCGCUUUCACCGUCGCGUUCAUUCGUGGGACAACUCGCCACGCUUUUAUUCGGGGAAUCGGGAGCUCGGGCCCAACUUUAGCACACCUUCACCAGCAUCAUUUGCACAGCAACAACGACGACAACAACAGUCUUUUGUCUGGGGAAAUCCAGUCACGCAACAGCAACGUGUAGCAAGUUUCCGCGAAGAAGAUGUUCAACAUCAGUUGUCUUAUCCACCGUUGGCGCCGCCAAGUGAGAGUCAUCGUUGGCAGCCUCCCGUAGUGCAGCAACAGUUUCGCCGCUCAGCGGAUCCAAAGCUUCCUUUCUUGCCCGUGCGCAGCAUCGACGGCUAUGUGUAUCACCAAGGACCACCGUCAAAUCCACACCAGCCGUACCAGCUACAAGUCAAUCCACAAUCUCGAAAGCCUACGAUUGUCCAAACAACGCCUGAUCCAGGAACUUCAGUUCGGUCUGGGAACAAUGUGAGGAACCAGCGUCCCCAACAGAGUCCACAGAAUCGUCCACCACCCGGUCCUGCUACGGGGGGCGCUUCAAGUUCACGUUCUUCGUCGGAAGUCCUGAAGACGCUGUUACGAAAGAAAGCUUGUCUAUAUGAGCCUGAUACGUCACGUGCUGUGGCGCUGGUGACUUGGCUGGUUGGGCGAGAGCUAGCACUCGAGUCUGGCUUCUUCUCAAGACAGCAGUUGCAAGCGGGAGUACACUCCUGCGUAGGCGAGAAGAUACAGGCGGGGAUCAUCACACGUACCAAAGUCAACCGGUGUAUGCAGAUUAUUCUGAACAGUUGCUUUCAUUACAUUAUACCACGACCGGAUGGCACUGAAGAGAACGGAGAUUCCUUCCGUUUCAUUUUUGGAAAUGAGGUUGACGACGAUUCUCAGUUGACUCGUAUGCUUCCUUCGCCGUGGAAUGAUCUGACGGUGGAUCGCGAGCAGAUACUGAUCGCGUCAACAGCCGACGACUUUUCCAAGAAAGGAGACCAGAAAGGAACGACGACGCCCCAGUCAUCCCCUCGCCACGGACCGGUUGAAGUAGCUGGUAGUCCCGGGCGCGAGUCGAACGACGGAGAUGGAGACGGCAAGCGGGCAGUGCUAUUGUGCUUUAACGAGAAUGUUCGAUGUGCCGAGGACGUCUUUCGUUGUCACAACGAAUUCAUUCGUGAUACAGCACAUGCUUCCAACUUACAGCUGUCUGCUAAUGAGUGGCACGUAUUUUUUGGUAGCGAAGCCGUCGGAGCUCCUCAUAUUUGGGACUAUAUUGGCAUCCCUGUGCCAUAUACCGACGCUAAAGGACAUGAUUAUGCCGAUGCGUUGGGUGUCAUGACGAGAGUCGAACUCGGCAAGUUUCGAACUAGCUGGUGCUCUAAACGAUACGAGCACGACCACAAUCUCUGCGGCUUUGCGCAUGUGUCUGUUAACAGGGGCUGGUUGCGGCGUGACCCGUACACCACUCAAUAUACGGACGAAAUUUGUCCCUCCGUCUCUUCUGUGCCUGAAAAGCGAAUCGGUCCAAAAUUCCUUGUCAUCAACGAAUGUCCUCAUGGCCUCCUCUGUGGUCACGCCCACUCCAUGGAAGAGAUUCAAUAUCAUCCUAGACGCUACAAGAGCAAAACAUGCCCUUCGAUCUCACGUGGGUGCAUUUCGGGCGACGUUUGUCCGAACCACCAUCCCGUUGACUCUUAUCGCUUUAUCAAGCGAUCCGACAGUCGGUCGGGAGGGCGUCAACAGGCCCGACAGCCACAACACCAGGCCACUUCUAGCGCUUUUAAACCUUUUUCACCGGAACCUUCACCGAUUUUGUACGCGAGUCCAGCCCCCAUUUCCAAGUUUGAGGACCAUUUGUCCAUGCCAGGACUACAGAGUCUGUACCGUCGACAUUGCUCAGUUAUUCGAGCAACAGUCCGAAAGCCUGGCAAUUCAUACUGCUUUUACAGUUGCUUUGGCGAUGACUCGGGCAUCAACGAAUCUGCGGCCUCGGGGCCGCACAAGGCGCGAGUCAGAUUACCCUCCACGACCGUGCCGGAGUCCUAAUCACGCAGGACGAGCUCUCGAGCAGCUCGCCUACACGUAUUCUUGUUCCCCUAACCUCCCGAGAGAAUAUAUAAAUAUUUUCUCCAUGGGGCUCCAGGGGGUCUUCGCUUUACAAAGCUUUCAUUUUCUGCAUAUUUUGUUUACGGAUGCAGCAAUCUCACAGUCAAUGCUGGGCAUGGAAAAUUGUUACGAUUAUGGAUCAUUUCCUGACAGUCCUUUCUGUUCUCCCAUUGUUUUGGUCUUCUUUCAUCGCCCAAUUUCUUUACUGUUAAUAGAAUGCUACCCGCAUUGUCGUAUAGAUCACACACAAUAUUAUUUCA